ACUUCAGUCGAGGAGCUGAUUGUUAGGAAGGACGGAGGAGCUCAUCUCCAGCCUGAACUUGACCAUGGAGUCAGCAAAAGGGGCCAUUUUGGUUCUUUUUCUGCUGGUGGCGUUCGCGUCAUCCUGGGCCAAAGUUGAAGAGGAGAAUCCAGAGUUCUGGAGGUCACAGGCACGGAAGACGCUGCAGUCGGCUUUGGACAGGAAGCUCAACACCAACGUUGCCAGGAACAUCCUGCUCUAUCUCGGAGAUGGGAUGGGAAUCACAACUUACACAGCGGCUCGUAUCCUCAAGGGACAGCUGCAGAACCAGACAGGAGAGGAGACGGUGAUGACCAUGGACACCUUCCCCAGCGUGGGAUUGGCUAAAGCAAGUCUGUUGGCAUCGUCACAACCACACGCGUGCAACAUGCUACCCCAGCAGCCAGCUAUGCCCACAGCGCCAGCAGGAAGUGGUACAGUGACGCUGACAUGCCUGAGGCCGCCAAGAGGGACGGCUGCACCGACAUCGCCUCUCAGCUCCUCAACAACACUGACAUCGAUGUGAUCAUUGGUGGUGGCAGAAAGUACAUGACCCCCAGGGGCACCAAGGACCCGGAGUAUCCCAUCGAUUUCUCCUCCAGGGGCAAGAGAAAGGAUGGACGCAAUCUCAUCAAUGAGUGGCAGAGCAUGAAAACUGGGAAGGUAGCCCACUAUGUGUGGAACAGAACAGAUUUUGAUGCCGUGGACCCUGACACCACUGACUACCUCAUGGCUCUGUUUGAACCUGGGGACCUGCGCUUCGAGGUGGAGAGGGACCCAAGCAUGGACCCGUCCAUUGUUGAGACCACAGAAAAAGCGAUCCGCAUCCUCCAGAAAAACCCGAAUGGCUUCUUCCUGCUAGUGGAGGGUGGGCGUAUCGACCAGGCUCACCACGCUGGCCAGGCGUACAUGGCCCUCCAUGAGACGGUUGCCUUUGACUACGCUAUUGCCAAGGGGCUGGAACUCACCAAAGAGCACGAGACUCUCACUUUAGUGAUGGCUGACCACUCCCACCCGGUUACCUUCAAUGGAUACCCUUUUCGAGGACAAAGCAUUCUGGGUAAAUCCCCACUGUGGGCCACAGACAUGCUGCCUUAUACCACACUGAUGUACGGCAACGGACCUGGACACAAACUCACCAAUGGCACGCGGCCUGAUAUUCGCAAUGUCAACACCAAAACCAAGGACUACGUCCAGCUCUCCGCAGUGCCCACACAGUCGGCCACCCAUAGCGGAGAGGAUGUGGCAGUGCUCGCCCGCGGACCCAUGGCCCACCUCUUCCAGGGCGUCCAUGAGCAGAACUACAUCGCUCACGCCAUGGCCUACGCUGCCUGUGUGGGCGCUGACCUGAGGCACUGCCAGGAACAAACUGUUCACACCACCGCCACCACCAGUGAUAACAUCGGGAACACCGCUAACGGUUCAGCGGCUCUGCUCAGUGUCCUCCUCAGUUCACUGCUGGCACAUGCACUGCUGAUGUAAGAUCCCUUUCCCUUGUGAAUCUCAUUGAUCUCAUUCCACUGGCAAUGAUACAGGGGUCAGAGGUCAGGGCCUUAAGGGAGCGGGCUGGGAAUCAGACACUUGGCUCAGAGACACAGGAAGUGUGUGUGCUACUUUGCAGAAUUCAGCCAAGGUUGAAAGAAAUCUUUUUAAUUAGACACAGACAUCCUUCUUCAUCAGUUGAAGAAGACUCAAUGGAUAAUAAGUUAUUGAAAGUGAAUUUGUCUUUGUUUUUACUUUCAUCAUUCUUGAAUCCUUGUGUUGUACCAAUAAAGCUGUGCUUGAA